AGUUUUGUGUGUGUUUGUUUGCUUGCUUAGUUCUUAGUGAUGUCAGUGAUGUCAGUAGUCAGUUGAGCUUGAGACUGAGUAUUAGAAGAGAAUUGAUGAAAUGUCAGAAGACUGACGAGGUUGACCUAGGCUAUCUACAAUCUACUUCUAUUUGGUAUUAAUAGUAGAAAAUAACCAUUAUUAGAAAAGUAUUUUUUUUUUUUUUAAUUUUUAUGCGGAGUAUAAUAUAAUAAAAGAAAACUUAAGAUUGUUUAAUUUUAUUUUUCUAUUGAAUACAAAGUCACCAGAUCGUCUUUAUAUUUCUAAAAUUAGUUUUAUAUAGUAAUUGUUAAAUAUUAACCAUGAGGUGGUUAAGGCGGUUAAUACGAAGAAAUAUGAGACCCAUGCAUGAAUUAGAUGCAAUGGAAUGGAGAAAAAGAUUAGCUUUUGUGUACGCUUUUUUUGCGUGGAAUGCUCUUGGAGUGGUGAUUUAUUAUACUUAUAAUAAAAAACAUGAUUGGGCUAGAUAUUAUGGACUUAAACUAGAAGAAGAAGCUGAACAACGUCCUGGGGUCUACUGGGCUGAAACACUUGGCGUUAAAAAAGCAACAAUUUUUCGAGCUGAAGGCUUCAAGAUCAUAGAUAAAACAGAAUAUGUAGCUGAACCAGAAAAGUGAAUAAUUUAUGUAUAUAAUAAAUUUGUAAAUAGUUUGUAUAGUGUAUAAUUUACAAUAACAAAUUAAAUACAGAA